CUACAUCUCCCGUUCCCUACUUCCACCAAAAGAAACAGCCCAACUACCCCAUCUCGCAAAAAAACUUAAAUCUCGUUUUAGUCGCCAAAAUGACUUUCUCAACACAAGCCCUCUCGCAACUCCGCCGCUACUACUCCUCAUCCUCAUUGCCGCGCGACCCGCAUUACAGACUCAAAGCCACACUUGCAACGGGUUAUGUUGUUUCGGCGCUGGCAUUGCCGUUUGUGCCGCCGCUUUUGGAGACGAGGAGGGCGAGGGCUGAUGGGCGGUAUUUGACGAGGGAGAAUGAGUAUUGCUCGUCGCAGUAUUUGGGGUGUGCGCAUUAGACGUGGGGUUGUGGGAUGAUGUUGGGGGUUGAGAGGGUUUGAGAUGGAUGUGGUUUGGAUGUGCAUGGGGGAUGUUGGGGUUGAGAUUGGGGUUUGGACUUGGUUUUGAUAAGGCGUCGGUUGGCAUUUACAUACCCGGCGUUGGUUUUCUUUUCUUUGUACAUAUCAGAUGAGUGCUGGUGUCCGACAAGGUUCGGCAUCAUCUACACACAGUCAAGCAUCUUAUUCUAUAUGGUUUUUCUUUCG